CAAACCGAUUGUCUUUUUUUCUGCCGAUUUGUGUUUCCCUGCACAUGUUAAAUCGAUUACUGUAGAUUUUAGGAAAAGUAAAGCAAAUCCUUAAACGCAAUGGGCGCUAUAGCGAGCAGAUACCGUGUCUCGAACUCUGGGCUUACAAGCACCGACAUACAGAACAUAGAAAAUGCUAAUAAACGUGAAAAUCCAGGAACGUUGGAUGAAUUGCACAAAAAGACUAAAGAUGUUAUGCCGGUUAAUUUUGAAGGAGGCAAGCUGAUGGUCAAUAAAGGAAUAUCUAAUCAUUUUCAAAUGUCACAUACCCUCACAAUGAGCUCAAUGCAGAAUGGCUACAAGUUGGGUGCAACAUACAUUGGCACUAAACAGAUCUCCCCCACCGAGGCCUUCCCCGUUGUCCUGGGGGAUGUGGACCCGUCAGGCAAUGUCAACUUCAACCUCAUACACCAGCUCACUCCGGAGAUCAGAAUCAAGGGUGCUGCACAAGUGCAAGAAUGCAAGCUGUCAGCGACCCAAGGAACUCUAGAAUACAAAGGCUCAGACUACACACUAGCACUAGCGGUGGGCAAGCCCGACUGCAGUGACAAAUCUUCAGUGCUUGUUGGACAUUAUUUACAGUCAGUAACCAAGCGUUUAGCGCUGGGAGCAGAACUGGUGUACCAGUCGAGUGCGAGGAUCUCUGGCGGAGAGAUCGCCAUCGCCUCUGCCGCCGCCAGAUACACCAUGGAUGAUUCUGAAAUAUCAGCGACAGUGGGAGCGGCCAGUUUUCACGUCUGCUACUUCAAGCAGGCCAGUGAACAAUUACAGGUGGUAGCAGAAAUGGACACAUCCUUCAGAGGCAUGGAGUCGGUGGGCACCAUUGGUUACCAAGUCACUAUACCAAAGGCAGACCUCGUUUUUAGAGGCAUGGCAGACUCAAAUUGGAACAUUGGCGCAGUGCUGGAAAAGAAGCUGCAACCUCUACCAUUCUCCUUUGCCCUGUCAGGCAUGGCCAACCAGGCCAAGCAGCAGUUCAAGUUUGGCUGCGGACUCAUCAUCGGCUAGUGUGUAGUGCAGUGUGUUAGUGUUACAGUGUUUAGUGAUACGGGAUGGUUCUUAAGAAAGUGUAAAACGCCCAUGCUUUGCUUGGAAGAAAUUCUUAUAUCUCGAGGAACCCAAAAAUCCUGUACCUAACAUGUAUUUUAUCUUAAGGUAACCAAAAAUUCAUGGAUAUAUCUUGAAAAUGACAGAUUUGCAUUGAAAAUGUAAUUUGCUCAUGUUUUGCUCCAAAGAAUUUCCGACAUCGCUUGGGGGAAUCCUAAAACCGUGAAAUGUGUAUUUUUUGUAGGUCACCAAAAAACUCAUGGAUACAACUGCAUUGUAUUGUUCAGUGCUGAAAGUCCUGAUCAAUUUCCAUAAAUCAUAUAAUGGUAAAGGUUUUUCUUGGCAUAAUAAUGUGCCAAGUUUCAUGUCCUGCAUUUAACUUCCACAGAAAUAUUGAUGAGUGACUACGCUUGAGUAUUUAAAAUCCUCCAUGUAUGCAUCACUGCACAAUAAUUUUAGUUUAUAAUGAAUGAUGUGAGUGAGUCCCUAUAGUAAUUUGUAUUUUGGAUUUAACAUCUCUGUUAUAAUACGAGGUGUAACCAGAACGCUAGCAAAAAUGAAGACAGGUGUUAGUAGGUGAUUGCUGAUCUAUACUAAUAUUAUAAAGAGGAAUAUUAUAGAGAAGAAG